UAGGCUGGGGUGGAACAGUCCUGUAAUGAGCAGAUUUCAUAGAGGCAGCAACAGAAAGGCCUAAAAAACCAGCAGGGGUUAGAAGACUUGUUGGGUAUUUUACAACAACAUCUCUGAUUUAGGUCAACUCUGGCAAGAUGAUGACAGUGAUGGAAGGAGAGGUAUAACCGCUGCACCUGCAUCCCCAUCCUUGACAUCCGAGCUGAGCGGACAGGAGGAGAGAGGGAGGAAGAGGGAGCCGGAGAGAUUUUCACGGGCUGACUCUGCUUGUAUGCUGAUGGAUGAGAGCCUCUGAGCUAGGAUCGCUCGUUUCCAUAGGAUAGAGGAAUAUCCUCGGUUUCCUCUUCUGUGUUGUGUGUGUUGGUUGGUUUAAUGGCGUGCCAGUGCAGCAGCAUCCGUGUCCUGUAUCCUUUUCGGUGCGGCAGGGAUGUGAGGAUGCUCUAAUGUCUGAGUGAGGCGAGCUUGGUUGCUGCUGGCGCUCUGAGGGCCUGCGGAACUGCUGGAAAAGCCUAGGCCUCGCUUGUCUGGAGUGACUCGGCUCAGGAGCAGGAAGGUGGAGGAGGAAGUGGAGGAGGAAGAGGAGGAGGAGAGGCACUUUGAGCCUGCAUGCCCAAGGGAAGAGGCAUUCAGGAAGCCCACAUUAUUCUCAUCAGAGCCACCGCCGCGCUGUGGAUUGCUUCUCUGUUUCUCCCCUGUUGAUUUUAAAAGGAGUAGCAGGUGUUUUACAUCCCAAACCCAAAGGAGGAGAGGCGAGGCCCUGCACCUCCUGCUACCCGAUCCAAAGACGGCCUUCUAUCUCCAUACUCCUUCUGAUUGAAGCUCCUCCUUAACUUUUCUUCACAUUCUAAGGAUUUGGCUAAACCUGUUUCAUGCAUGUCCACUGGAGGCAGGUUUGACUUUGAUGAUGGGGGGUCGUACUGCGGGGGGUGGGAGCAAGGCAAGGCCCACGGCAGAGGGGUCUGCACGGGGCCCCAGGGUCAGGGCGAGUAUGCUGGGGCCUGGAGCCAUGGCUUUGAGGUCCUGGGCGUGUACACAUGGCCCAGUGGGAACAACUACCAGGGUACCUGGGCUCAGGGGAAGCGGCAUGGCAUUGGUGUGGAGAGCAAAGGUCGCUGGGAGUACAGGGGGGAGUGGACCCAGGGCUUUAAGGGCCGCUACGGGCAGCUGGAGAGCACAGCCAGCGGGGCCCGGUACGAGGGGACGUGGAGCAACGGGCUGCAGGAUGGGUACGGCACGGAAACCUACUCUGAUGGAGGGACCUAUCAGGGUCAGUGGCUGGCCGGGAUGCGUCAUGGCUAUGGUGUACGACAAAGCGUCCCAUAUGGCAUGGCAGCCGUCAUCUUCUUCCCUCUAAGAACAUCCAUAAACUCCCUGCGCUCUGAGCACAGCCACGGACCGCCAGCUGCACUGGAGGAUGGGGUGGCCACCACACCCACAGACGGGGUGGUUGCCGGGCUAGCAGGAAGUCCGGUUGGUCGAGGCGGGUUCGCUUUGACGGCUCCAAGUGAGGCAGAGCGGCAGAGAAAGAGAAAAGGUCGAUUUAGGCAGUCCAUUCUCAGUGGGCUCAAACUUCGUCGCUCUGAGUCCAAAAGUUCCCUUGCCAGUCAGCUAAGCAAGCAGAGCUCCUUCUGUAGCGAGGCUGGUAUGAGCACUGUCAGCUCUGCUGCCUCUGACAUCCACUCCAACACCAGUGAGAGUGAGCAGGGUGCUCCAGUCGACGCCACUGUCACGGAAAUGUAUGCCGGGGAGUGGCGCAGCGACCAAAGGGCUGGCUGGGGUGUAAGCCGGCGCUCUGAUGGGCUGCACUAUGCAGGAGAGUGGUCAGGCAACAAGAGGCACGGGUAUGGGUGCACAACCUUCCCCGAUGGCACCAAAGAGGAAGGAAAGUACAAGCAGAACUUGCUGGUGAGCGGUAAACGUAAAAACUUGAUCCCACUCAGAGCCAGUAAAAUCAGAGAGAAAGUGGACCGAGCUGUGGAGGCAGCAGAGAAGGCUGCAGACAUCGCCAAGCAGAAAGCAGAGAUCGCAAUGUCACGGAUGAGCCACGCCCGUGGGAAGGCGGAGGCUGCUGAAAGGGUGGCACAAAAAGCGAUGGAGGAGUGCCGACUGGCCCGGAUAACUGCCAAAGAGCUCUCGCCCUCCUUUCACAUAUAUGGCAAUGGGCUCGAAUUUCAGACUCUCAAACACCAGGACGCCAAGGACAAAGACCAUGAGGUCAUCUCCACAGGAACAGACAGUCCAGAGCUGUGCACUCCGGACACCACGCCACCUGUAAUAACACCUGAUCUGAGCCCCGUGCUGAGCGUCCCCACCUCGCCCCUUCGCAGCCCGCAGAAGCACGUCCACCGUCCCAGAAACGCCUGCUUCAUGCGGCAGAGCGCAGUGGACGAUCAGGGCGGGGCUGAAAUUCAGGUGUUGGUAGAGGGGCGCGGGAUGGACCUGCAGAGGCCGGGUGCUGACAGUUGGACUGAUGACUUAUAUCCUGAGCGGGGAGCCAGCAGCCGCUCAACCACGCCCUCUCUGCUGGAAGAGCAGGAGACCCAAAUCAAUGGACACGAGCAAGUCCCUCUAUCCAAUCACAAACCAAGGGAGAAAUCCUUGUCCACUCACAAGUCCCGGGAUUACAGGGCAUGGGAGCACUCCCUUUCCAACCAAAAACCGUCUAAGCAUGCCAGCUCCAAUCACAAAUCAAGAGAAUACUCGUCCUCUAAUCAUAAGACAUGGGAUCAUUCCUCCACCAAUCACAAGACCUGUGAGCAUGCCUCUUCCAACUACAAGCCACAGGUGCACAUUUUAUCCAAUCACAAGGCCUUUGAACACAAUACAUCCAAUCACAAGGCUUCUGAGCAUGCCUCUUCCAAUCACAAAUCUCAAGAUUAUAUCUCCUCCAAUCACCAUGUGAAGGACCACAUUUCUUCUAGCAUCAAUCCUCGAGAGCACGUCUACUCCAACCACCAUCCUAAGCAGCACAACCCCUCAAACCACAAGCUAACUGAGCAUGCUGUUAUUGACCAAAGGCUGGAUGGUUUCACCGGGGGUUGGACUGCUGAAAGCACCCUCAGGUGGAGCCCCGCCCAUUCUCGUCUCACAGAGCAGGACGAGGAGAGGAUAAAUGACUACACGGUAGACAUGAGGCUUCACUCUCCUGAUUUGCAGACAACUGUGGGGCUUGGUCAGGAGUCCCCUUCUUCAAAAAACAACCGCCUGCGAUCACGGGGCCUUCGGCCGGUCCGGGAAGGUUCCACAGACUCUGUACAGAUGCUGGACAACCUGAAUGUUGGGCCAGAACUUGAGGAAUGGCCGUUGCACAGGGACCUCACCCUCUCCCCUCCCCUAAAAUCUCAACCCAUCACUCUGGAGCAGGAAGGAGAUCAUCUCACCAUCAAAUCAAACUCAGGCUCCAGCUCUAUUCUGGUGGUUAUGGUCAUUUUACUCAAUAUUGGAGUAGCCAUUCUUUUCAUCCACUUCUUUAUUUAAACAUUAUGCAGUUAUUAUCUUCAAAGACAUAUUGAUAACUACAAUAUAUUAUAUUAUUACUAACUGAGAUGGACGUCCUGUGUUGGAUCAGAGAGAUGGACAAAGCAGAGCCUUUCUAUCGUUGCUACUGGUCUUUCCCCUUCUGUUGAAGCCCAUUUCGGUUCCUUCCUUCCUUUUUUAGAUGCAUACUUUGAGCUUGCAAACAUGAGGAGGAAAAACCUUUUUGAGUCAAGAAAGCAGCUUUGAAUGGAACACACAUGCAUGGUUGUCCAUCACCGACAGACUGAAGGUGGCGCUACUUUACAUGAGAAUAUAGCAAUCCCUUGUUUCCUGGUUACCAUGAUGAUCAUGCAAACCAAGAGCAUGGCUCACUUUCUAUCCUUUAACCCUUUUCCCCUCUCCAGUCUCUAUUGGCACUAUGCGCUACGUACAAAACUAUGCUGCAAGAGUAGAUCCAUUUUAAAGGGCUCUGUCAUCAUCCUUAUUAUUUUUUUCCUUCCAACACCAACACACACAACCAUUGCAUGAGGAAAGGUUUCAAGAAGUGCGUUCUUUCUAUCCCUUUAAUCAACUCAGCUCCACCCCACAUACAUCACCUCGACUGUCGGCACCGAAUCGGACCAGAUUCACGUUUGAUUUUUGGAAUCAGACGCCAGCACACGCCUGAAUUUACGAUAAGUGGGUGGGAUUUAUAAGUCCAAACACACACACACAAAUGCACACACACACACACACUCACACACACACACACACAUCAGCACGCAGAGAAUAAGACACGCAAAGUAACUGAGGAGGUCUUAACCUCUCCCCCCUUUGUACAGCCUGGAGACUGUUAUGUUAUAAACACUAAUAUAUAUGUCGAUGUUUCAUUAUUAUCCGACUUUGUUACUUUUUGCAGUUUGCAAGACAGAGAGAAUGCUGAGUGCCUCGUAUUUAUUCAUUUCCCCUCUGAAAUGUUCAUUUUUAACUGGACUUACAAUGAAAAAAUAAAUAAAUACUAAAUGUGGGCUGGGCGAUGAGGAGAUAAUUUGACCUGAACCUCCAUCUGCCCUGUUUAUUCUAAAAUGGCAUGCACUGUUUUGUCUCUCUCUCCUCGCCGCCCUCCCCUCUUUUCGGACCAGUCAUAUUGUGUCAUUUUCAGACACAUUCUGGACUGGAGGAGAUUUUUAUGUAUUUAUUUUGAUUAUAUAUUUAUUUAUUUUCUUCCAGCAUGUUUGUUUAGCCUGCUCGAUCUGGUGUCAGUCUGUGAGCUCCUCCCCUCUUGUCAAAGAAGGGUGGGGCAGGGCGGGGCGCCGAGGUCGGUGUAAAAUAAAUGCUAGCUUUUACCUCUCAGCGGGUACCAAGACGUCCCAGAGUUUCUGAAUGAUACCAAGAACAAACUCUCUGCUACUGUAUGUUUUAUACUUCGCACCUGGUGACAUCAUCAUGUUGUGACAUCAUUGCAUGCCCGAGCAUGCUCUUUCUUACUCUUUGGUUUAUGAGGUUGUUUCAAAGUCAACGUGAAGAAAAUAAUAUAAUGUU